UCGCGCGACAUUUUAGUUCCUCAAAACACACUUGCUUCUUCUCGUUCUUCGUGUCCCGAAAUAUUUUCUGUUUUGGUCGAAAGGAACCUCCAAAUGCUGUCAAGUGGCAAGCGAUGGACGGAUUUCGGAAGGUUCUGGUGUGGGUGUGUCGGGAUGGAGCGGCACCACAGAGGGUUCACUUCUUUCAGAGUGUCACGGGUCACUUCGGCACCACUGACCUGGUGCGUGUCAGCUGUCAAGUCGAGCGGAACCGUUUGGUGGUCUCCGAAGACCCCACAGGCGUCCCACUAAAGAGGCCCACCUUCUGUCCCAUCAAACACCAGUCCUCAACUGCUGCCCCAUUGGAGGCUCAACAGCGCGGUGUAGAUGUGGGCGUGGCUGUCAUCCUGCAGUCAUCCAAUCACAGAGUUUUGCUGACGCGACGUGCAAAACAUCUCCGAAUAUUCCCAAACCUUUGGGUGCCACCAGGUGGCCAUCUCGAGCCGAAUGAAACGCUUGUGGAGGCAGGUCUACGAGAGCUGAAAGAGGAAACGGGGUUGGACAUGGAAGCGGAAAAAUUCCCAAGUCCAAAGAUUCUGGGCGUGUGGGAGUCAGUGUACCCCCUCAUGCUGAGCAGAGGAUACCCCCAGCGGCACCACCUCGUGGUCUACAUUCUGCUGAGGUCAACCCGCACACACAUGCAGCUCCAGGAGUGCCUCCGCCCUUCACCUGCUGAAGUCAGUGCUUGUCUUUGGGCCGACGGUCGGCUGGUCAGCGCCGUGGUAGCUGCAGCGGACGGCGCGGCAGACGAACCGCAUGGCCUUCCUACCUCUGUCAGUGUGUCGCAGGUGUCACCUGAGGGUCGACUGAAGGACGCCUCCUUGCCCGUCCAGGUACUAAUGCGUCACGCGCCCCCUACCGGUCCUGAUGUAGAGCGAGUCAGCAGUGGGACAACGUUCGCUUUGGACCUUUGGCUAAAGACGAUCCAUAGUGAAGACCGCCUUUAACCUCCCCAGGCCCACACUAAUGAAGUCCUUUAUUACACAUACAGUGAUCCCUCGCUACUUUGCGCUUCAAACUUUUUUUUUUUUUUCUUUUUCAAUUAAAAUAUAAAUAAAUAAAUACGGAUGAACUGUCCCGAUCCGAUCAUGUAGUCUCACUCUUCCUCAUGCGUGUUUUCUUGGUCAGGCAACGCACUGGAGUUGCUUAUUAAAGUUAACGAUGAUUGACAGACUUUAAGUUUUGAUCUUGCCAGAGAUGCUUUGAAGCUGAACUUCAAAGCGCAACAUGAGUCAAUCAUCAUUUAGCUUGUUAAACAGUUGCUGUGGCAACUCAUUGUGUGUAAGUCAUACCUGUCAACCGGAGGCCAUUGGCAAUUUUACAAAUAUUGACGUAUGCCCUUACAAAUGGCGUACCGCAAGCAGGCUAUUUUUAGACCGUGACGUCGCAUCGUAAAGCGGAAGUAAACCCGAAGUGGGACAUUAUAGACCCACCCUCGCAUUGACACAACGUAAUUGGUGCUACUUUUCUCCGGUAAUCUUUCAAAAACGAACAUGCCGAUCACACAUUGCUUUUUUGGAACUUGUAGAAAUGACUCUAGACAUUACGACACAUGAAGGAUGUUUUCUUCAUACUUUUCCGGAAACCAAAAACUCGGGAGGAAAAAAUGUGAAGACCGAAUCAACUUGCGCGGACUUAAACACCAGCUCAGUGAAUCCAUUCACUUUCAUAUGCAGUAAACAUUAUGUUGGGUUGGCAUGGUCUUUCAGAGGACAAAGAGGUAAGCCAUUUCUAUAUUUUUAACUUAUUUUUUUAGCAUAACUUUGUGCCGUACUGCUUCUGUCUGACAAUGAAUGACCUGAAAAAAAUUACAAUGGUAUCUGACUGCCACUGUUACCGUUUCUGUUAUACAGAUAAAAAAACAACUUUAGUAAGGGGGAAGUGUAAAUAAAUUAUAGGAUUAAGAUGUGUUAUCAAUGAAAAAAUUAAAAGUGUUCGUUGGCUGUCACUGAGUAGCAUUUGCGAUCGCUACACAAAACUAACUAAAUUACCCCCAAGAACGGUAAGAGACGUAGGACAACCAGAGGAUAUAUAAGAAAGACAGGGCUGAUAGUAAAGGAUAGCUUGUUGAAACAGGAGAAUGUCAUUGUCAGUCGCGUCGAUAAAAAAGCUAAAGCUAUGCUUAGGUUUGCUUGUUUUUUUCGUCUUUUUCAGCCUUUGACACUAAAGCCAUCUCUUUAACUGAACAUUUUUAUGUUCUCCCACAUCUUUGCCAGUCAAUUUGGCACCAGGCACAUCAUUUUCGGAGAGAAUUGGUAGGUUUAGCUCUGUAAACAUCUCCUUCGCACACGAUUUCCAUUCACUUCCUAUUAGGGACAAAUGGUGUCCCUACUUAGCAACAGUAGCUAAUGUCAUGAGUAUUAAUGAGCGGAAGUGACAUGUUGCUUGCGGUACGCCAUUGGUGACUAAUCUUACAACGUUGUAUAUAGCGUGCAAUAUGAAACAAAAAUAAAACUUAAUCAAAGAACAAUCGAUAUCUACAGUUACAUCAUGAUUACUAAAAUUAAGUGACUUUUUUUAUAAUUGUAUGGAGCACUUUUGGCAACUUCUAUCAUGUCUUCAUGGCUUCACUUCAUGGCACUUCAGCUCGCAAUUCAGUUUGACUUGAAGGUAGUUCGUGAGUGUGCCCAAUUAUAAAGUAAAAAGGUCAAUUGAUAAAAUUAACUCACCAAUGCUAUCUUUGAGUCAGGGAACAUUUCUUUAGGUAAUUCUGAGAAGUGAUCCGCAGUAGUUGCAGGCAAAUUGUGUUCGGCAACAAAUUGGCAGAGUGAAAUCUCCGCUUUCGUCACUUUUUAUUCUGCAGACUUCAUCUUUAUGACCAGUGUUGUUAAUCUUACUUUUAAAAGGUAAUUAAUUAGUUACAAAUCACUUCUCCCAAAAAAGUAAUUGAGUUAGUAACUCAGUUACCUGAAUGUCAUUUAUUUAUUAUUUCAUUUUGACGUAAAAGUUUUAAAACUGUUUCAUCAUUUAAAGAUAGAUUCAAGUCAAGAUUUUGCCGAUUUAGGAGUAUUUUAGAUAAAAAGUUAUUUAGGUUCGCUAGGAAGGUUCACUACAACAGAGCCUUUCUGAGAAAUGUACUGCUCUAAAAUGGCGGCUGUUUACUAACACCACCGAGUCUGUCAUUUCGCAUGUAGUUCCAUAUGCAUGUGAUAUCUAGGUGUAGAUCAGAGGUCACGGAACCGCGGACCUCGGUCCGGUUCUGGACCCCCAAGCCGUCUGGACCGGAUCUCAAGCUGUCCGGACUAAUACACGUUGCAACAACAAAAAUCAUUUUUUUCUGUGGGUUUGAAGAGCGGAGGUGGGCAACAAACAAAAACCUUAGCGGUGACGUGCGUGAGCCAGCCAAUGGGAGUGAAGCAUUUGAAAGUUAUUUUUAGAACAGCAUGUCUUACACUCGCUUUCCAGACUCCGCGGAGUAACAGUCAAAAACUGAGCCGAAUGAAGUUGGAGGAAGAGGCGAAAAGGUACGGCAAAUGGCGUGCUCAAAACUACGCAAGAUUGAUGCAGAAAACAGAGUGUUUAAGGAGGAGUAGACCAGCACAUUUUUGUUCAUUUUACCUGGCGGCAGCACAAGACCACUAUGCCUCAUCUGUUCAGAGACGGUGUUCUGCCAAAAUCUGCUACAUCGGCGAAACGUCCUACAUUAGUUGAAUUUGACAACCAAAGUACUACCGUGCGCGCUAAACUUGUUUUGUUUGGAUGCAUACAGGCAGAACGUACUAAAAAUGCCUUAAGAAAAUACUUAAAUGCAGUUAUACCAAAUAAGGACGGUUUAAAUACACUACGUGACUAAUGUGGUCAACUGCUUCAAAGCUAACACAAAAAAACACAAUGGUUAAAAGUAUGAGAGGGUAAUACAUGCAAAACGUAUUUUUGAGGCAAUGAAAAGGUUCUAAAAAACUAAAUAAAAACAAAAAUAGUGAGUACUCGCCGCUUCUUACCGAUGUGUGCAUGCGUGUGGAUGCUUGCCCAAGUGCGCUGAGCGUUGUGUAGACAUUUCACUGCAUGGUAAGGAAUGGCGAACAACGGUAGCGCUUGUAAAAAGCUAUUUGAAAAGGGACUAUGAGACGAAGCACGCAGCUUUUUCGCAAAGUUUCCCUAUGAACUCUGCCAUCCGUUCUCAAAAAAUAGCGGAAUUAAGGGUUCAAUGUGAUCGCUUUCUUAUUUAUUACUAAUUAAUUAUUUUUAAAUAUUAUUUAUUACUUACUAUAAAUUUAUUUCUUAUAUUUUAUUUACAUGUUUGAAUGUUGUAAUUAUCAGCAUGGCCAUGUAAAGAUACGUUUGUAUUUUUGGGAAAAAGAAGAAGCAGUAAAAAUAUUUCCGGACCCAAGAUUGUUGUAAUUUUUUCAUUUCUGACCCAGAGGAUUUUUAAUUCAUGACCCCUGGUGUAGAUUGUAGGCUGUCGUCUACAGUCAGGAAAUAUUGGAGCCACUUAGCCUAGCAUCACGUUUGCUACAGCGUCACAACAAACACUCUUCUCUCUCAGUGUCUCUUACUCUUCUCGCGUCAUUCAACCAAUGUAAUGCAUAGUAACGCACAUGGUCCCGUUGCCAAAACGGUGACAAAAUCUGAACGGAGAAAAAAAACCUGUACUGCACGAAAAACGUACAGAUUUUGAACGUACUGCGUACACAUUUAAAAAUCUGUGCUCACUUGUACAAAUUACGCUGAAACCGUACAACUUGACAAGUAUGGUAAGUGAGCAGCUUGAGCGGAUUUGAGUGAAUUCACUCAAUGAAGCCUCUAAUAAAGACAAGCAUUUUUCUACUUUGUUGUUGUUCAAAAAUAAUUCCGCGGGACAGUAGCAUGUUUUAAACAUAUCAUAAUUAUUACUUUUGAAGUGCUUAAAAACUAUUUAUUGAAAUAUAUAUAGAUACGUUUUUUUGUGGGGGGAAUGAAAAUAAAUGUCUUAAAUGUAUCUCUUUACUAUGCUAAAUCUUAUUAAAUUAAUUUAACACUUUUUUUGGGGGGGGGGCGCUACUUCGCGGUUUUUCACUUAUCGUUGCGGGUUCUGGUACCCAUUAACUUCAAAAAACGAGGGAUCACUGUAUAAGUAUACUAUUUCUGAACGUUUUUGUUUUUACUGCCUGUGUAAUAUUCAUUUUGACCACAAGAUGGAAGUGUCAACCUUCACUUGAACUGGACAAAGCCAUUCUGAACAAGAAAAAUGGGUCAAUGAAUUCAUGAAUUAGCAAGGGGGACAAUUAUUGUUUGCACACAGUAGUCACCAUAUAAACAAAAAAUGAAUUGCAUUUUAUGUUUACGUAGCUCAACGUUCUGAUAUUUACAUUUGUUGGAAGUAUUUUAAGUUUAAGGAACGGGCUAUUAUGGUACUUUUCCUCGCAGAAAGUGAGAAAAUGUCACUUUUGUCCACUUAUACCCAAGUGUAUUUCUUUUAAUGAAUAGAUUCCCAAAGCAGAACCCCUGCAACAACAAUAAAAACGGAUGGUGAGCAUCAAUGCUUGAUUUCUAGCAAGGAUGUCAGCUGCACACUUUGAUGUUAAAUGUCAUGUAGUGCUAUGAGGAAGGCAGCAUGCCAGUGGGUCAAACUUGACCUCGGGGUCCGCUGCUGCAUGGACAGCUGCUCUUUCAACCCCCUCCACACCCUAAA